AAUGAAGUUGCAUGAAUUUAUUUUGUCAGCUUAUUACAAAAAAUAUAAUACUUUUACUAAAAAACCUGCUUAUCAAGAAUGGAAAAGUGAGAACAUUCAAUUACAACUUAAUGCACCGUAAGUUGGAACUUCCUUAUGACAGGUGCCGUUUGCCAGAUAUUAAUCGCCAACUGACUACUGUAACACUCUGUACAACAACACGAUUGCGAUGUCUUGCGCUCUCAAAUAUUGGAGAACCAAACAAAAUAACAGCUCCCGUACGUUAUCAGAAGGCAGGACACAGCUCUCCGGUAGCAGGAUACAGCGCAAUCCUGCCUCCACGCUAUAACCCACUCCUGCGGGCCUUGUCGCCAGUUCUUAGUCUCGCACACCAGUUCUGUCGCGACUUCUGCGGAGAGGUUACGUCGUUCUCUUCGAGUUUCACUUUCUACGUAAACAGUUAGCUGGGCAGCAGGUGUUCAGUAAAAGUAAACGUGCGUGUUUUCGCUGACACCGAUCGCUUCUGAUCCGAGAAAAUCGCGAGCAGUUGAAAAAUUAACAAUGACGAUGCGCAAUUAUUUUUGAAAUUAGUGAAGUUUUGGUUUUGGUGAACUGAAAAUUUGCGACACGCUCGGAAGGAAAAGUGAACAGCGCCGAAAUGCGGUUGAUAACGGGAGCGGUGGGCUCGUUACUUUGUCUGCUUCUAGGGAUUUCAUCUUGCACUUUUGCUCAAGGUCAGGAAUACCUGCUCACCGCACCAGUCAACGAGUACUUCACACAGAACCAGCCCGAUUUUGCCAAUCCUUCGCAGGUUAUUCCGUUUCAACAAUCUUCUGGCCUGCAUCCCAUCUCAAACAGUUUUUCGCCCCCACAAACAUUUUAUUCUAGAGAUUUGCAAACAUCUGAUCUUCCUCUAACAUUGCAACAAAAUCUGCCCCAGUAUCGUCACGAUCCUGUACAAAACCAGCCCAGUCUAAAUUUCAAAAACAGAUUAGUCAACACGCCCGUAGGAUUCCGACCUUCAAGUCAGUUUGUCCAACCGUCCACUCAUAGACCAAACUACUCCCAUCUUUUCUCGCAGUCACAUUUUCACGAUCCCUCGCAAACUGAAACGUUUCUAGGGGAAGUUACGAUCGAUAGCCCGUUAGAACCGCAAUUCAACGAGUUUAAAUCGGAGAGGAAAAUUCCUCCCGAAAUCACAGACAACUCGUUCGCAAAUAAUGAAGACACUAGUGCGAAAACCAGGAGCGACUCUGAGAAAAAGAAGUCGAGCUUGGCAAAAAAUUACUUCGUCGACCGGAGUGGAGCGGUACACAUUACCACGAAAACUCCGUUUAGCCCGAAACCUACUUCAACCACAAAACGACCAACCACGUUAGAAAGAAAAAAUCCAUUCAGUCCAACCCAGAAAUCUACAACCCAACAUUUUACUGUAAACUUAAAUUCCGGUAAGAAACCGUUCGUGGCAAGAAAUGCCAACGAAAACAAAAAUACGCUGGAUUUGGAUUCCUUGCUCGAAGAUCCGAUAGAGGAAAACGAAGAACACAGUAAUAAAGAUAAUGUUGAAGUAAUCAAGAAGCAUGAAAUAGAAGAACCUGAGGAUGAUUAUGAAUACGAAACCAACUUGGAGGAUGCAGAGGAAGACGAGGAGGAAUAUUCGGAGGAUCAUCAGGGUACCAAUCAAAAUAACGAGCUAGAGAAUGGUGAUUAUCCUCUACAUGAAUAUAAGGAAAACGAGACCGAGAUUAAGCAUUAUUUCAAAUCUGACCAACAUCCAUCAAUGGUAAACUCAUCUGAAAUCGAAAAUCACAACGAAACCUACGAAGUUCUAACCAUGAAGCCGACGAGUUCGCUAGAACAGUCCCAUUUUAAAGAUUUUGUUGACGUGGCGCAAUUGGAUACCACAACACAACAAACUCAAAUGACCAAUGUGGUCACCCAGCCCCCCUUAACUGUGUCGAUGUCAUCCUCGGUUAACGUGAAAAGAGGAAAUGAAAUUAUCUCAAGCAAUGGAAAUUCUGAAGUUAUAAAUGGUCAUCCGGGACUCGUGGUAUCUGUAGUUACAAGUAAAACGGUGGUAAACAAUACCAUUAUAGCACCGGCAACUCCUUCUCCAACGUAUACCGAAUCGAUGGAAGUUAGUGAUCCUUCCUCAAGAAGCAUAGAAAAUUCUACCGAUUCUUGGAUUGUGGUUGCAUCUGUUCAAACCAGUAGAAGCGUCUCAGGUGCACGAUAUCUUCCAUCGUCGGUGGUUCAGGAUGAACGAAUAAGACUACUAAACGAAGACGAUAUUGGAUCUCGAGCUUCCAAUGAAGAAUUGGAUUUAACCACGCAUGAAAUGAUGCCCGAUUAUGAAACCACAUUAAACGAGACACCAGAACCUAGUAUCAAAGUCAGGACAUCGACAGAAAGUUUGAUUGAUAAGCUGGAUAGAGUACAAUCCGACUUAUCGAGUGGAUUCCUCACUGGUGGUUUCAAAACGGACAAUAUAGCUGUAAUUAAUGCGGAAAAUAUGCCAGAAUCCUCCAGGACUUCUACAACUCCAACCACAACCAAAAUUGGUACUACAAAGGAUCCUUAUCCUCAAGUUAAAAUUCGCAAAUUCUCCUCAGGCAACCGACCAAGUUCUACAUCGAAACCGAAAAGGGUCCAAAAUAUUCCGAAAAAGUCAAGCAGCACACUACCUACGCCUAUAAACCUGGAUAUUCCUCAAGGUGAUCAACCGGUCUUAGAUGCAUCGAAGAUUGCAUUAAAACAAGAUAUUAGUUCUCUUUUACCACCUGGAUAUAAACCUCCGAGAGAAGAGAAAGACGCAAAUCAAAGUAUUCUCGAUCAAAUUCUCUCAAAGGUUAGGCCCAAAGCGUCGAAUGAAAACAACAAAACUUUCCUUUCGACGAAACUACCACCGGUUCAAAAAGUGGAUGAUAUUUCUGCCUUUCUACCUCCCGGCUACAAACCGCCGAAAGAAGAUGAUGCCGCCUCAAAGACAAUUAAACAAGACGAUAUCUCCGUUUUCACCCCAUCGGGAUAUCAUUCCAUUAAAACUACUGAGAAAACCAAAGCACCGACAAGUAUACUACAGAAGGCUAAACCUGUUGAGGAUAUAUCAGCACUUUUGCCCCCAGGCUAUAAACUGUCAAAAUAUAGCACUACCACUGCGAAGCCAAAGGUUAAUGGUAUUCUGAUGAAAGCCAAACCAGUCGAUGACAUUACAGCUCUACUUCCGCCAGGAUACAAACUACCCAAAUCUGCUUCCACAGAAAAAUCUAGUAUCCUAUCAAAGGCGACUCCCAUUGAAGAUAUCAGCGCUUUGUUACCACCCGGUUAUAAACCUUCCAAUGAGGAGACGAAAGGAUCCAGAAAUCUUUUAAAAAAUGCCCAGCCUGUUGACAUAAGUGCUUUCCUCCCACCUGGAUAUAAAGUCAAAUCCACAAAAGAAUCUAAAAAUGACACAAAACUUGUAACACAAAAUAUUCCCUCCAACCUUUUGCCUCCCGGGUUUAAUGAUGGUGGUGUAAACAAAACACAGGAAACGACAUCCGAAACAGCGACGUCUUCCACAGGUAAACCAAAAGUAGUUUUUCCUAGCAGACCUGGGGGCGGUAGUAGAAAAUCGUCAAGGUUAACAACUCCUCGCUCAGCUGUAACUGAAAUGAACAAGCCGACAAUACCUACCAUCCAUAAGGGAUGGCCUUCUAGAGCAACGACGGAAUUCACUGGUUGGCCUACGCCAUCGACGACUCCAAUUUCUAUAGAGAAAUUGCUGGAAGCGGCAAGAACGGCGCAAUCUAGCACAUCAUCUGAAACUCCACUCACAACUUCUUCUACCACUACAACUACGACCACUACUACGACUACGCCAAAGCCUACAACACCUGGAGUGUGCACAGAUGAAUGCGACUUGGUCGGAACAAUCAAACUAAUAGGCGGAGCAAAAUGGGUGCCUGAACUCUUGGAUCGAAAUACAAAAGAAUAUCAAAUUUUGGCGAACGAAGUUCAGACUCAGUUGAACGACGUAUACAGCAGUUCGGCAAUGCUAAGCCAAUGGUACAAGAAAAUUAGGAUUGACGGGUUCAGCGAAGGCAGCAUUUUGGUUGACUAUCUAGUGGAGCUGAACGAGGUUGGACGGAAAGUCGACACUCAAGAAAUAAAGCGACUUUUCCACGACUCGUUAUUGAAUUCGGCAUCUAAACAAAAUUCCAAUAGGGAGGGAAAAUCGCUAAACGAAACGGUUAAAGAAGGCAAACUUAUUUUGGGAGAUUUCGUCGUCGAUCCCAAAUACACAGAUUUUAUAGUACUGCCCAAGCAUGUCUAUCCCACCGUCGGCUACGCGGAAGAUAACGUCCUUCUCCCUCAAUGGGCCAUCGCAGUGAUUGUAAUUGGUUUGGCGUCACUGUUGUUCGUUAUAAUAUUCGGAGUAACUGUGUUGGUCAAUCGUCAAAAGAAUGCUAAAAAGAAGAGUCCAACUCCACUGACGGAAGAUAUGUUGAACGAACUAAAUAAAAAUCACAUGGGAGGCUUCGAUAACUUCGGCGCGGAUGACUUCUAUAAUAUGGAGGAUGUAUGGAACGAGAAUGCAUACGAACAUAAGCCCCACAAAAAGCGGUCUAAUGGAUCCAUUAAUGACAACAGUAUGUCGAAUCUAUAUGACAGUUGGAGAUCUGAAUGGAACGGUUAUUACUACAAUAACUAUUACGGAAACCCAACAAGCAGCCAGCACAGCGGAUUCAGCGGUCGCAACAAACGACCCGAUUACGAUACCAAUUUUUAGGCAAGUAAUUUGGAACAACAUUGAAGAUGGCAACAAUGGUAAAAACGACUGUACAAAAUGGAACAGAAAUAAAUGACAAACAGGGUGUUAAUGUAACAUUAUUUUUUUCGAAUUUUUGGUGUUAAUACGAAAAUGUUUUAAUGUGCCAAUCACGGAAGAAAUUCAAUUCUGUAGUUAUUUAAAUUUAUUUUUUUCUUUAAUUAAUUUAUUUUUAAAGAGCUUUGGGAAGAGGUUUAAGUGGUUUUUUUGCCACUAAUAAGCUAUUCAUAACGUAAUUAUUUCGAUGUGUAUUGUUUUUAUUCGUAUUAAAGUGAAAAUUUCCUACAACACAAAUUAUUAAAUAUCACAUUGUUGUCGAAACGCUUACUACAGAAUUGAAUAACAAACGAUCCGUUUGAUCUAUGUGUUUAGUCGGUUUAAUAUCCAAUUUAAAUAACAUUGCCGCCAAAUUGCAAAUCUACCUUGAAUUUAAGACGUAUUUUUACGGUACCGAAAAUUAUUUAGACAAAUGUAUUUGCUCAAGUAUUGCCUAGAUUAAGUAAAUUUUACGUUGUAAAUGUGAUUUCGGCAAGGGAUUGUUUAGAAACACUUCCUUCAAUAACAUCGUUACGCUUUGUACUCUCGAAACGUAGGAGUAUCCGCUUUUGCCAGUGUGAAAAUGUUUCCGCUUAACGCACAUGUUAUUGCUGGAAAAUUGCUUUUACAACUAAAGGGUGUCAAAUUUUUAAAACGAUUGAGAUGAUUAGUAGAAUGAAGGUGCGUACUAGCGCUUGAGCGCAAAAUGCGACUGUUCGAUUAAGAUCUUCUUUCCGCCGUCAACUAAUUUCAUUUUAAGAUGCAUAUUGUUUACCACGAAUAGUUUAAACAAAUAGGAUACACGAUAUGCAACAUUUGGACAUUUUGCGUUCAUUCGUGAGCAAGGGACGGCCGUAACACGUAAUAUUUUCUAUGUUAUAUGGUAACUGUAAAAUCUUAUAUGGCACUUUCUAGUCGAACAGCCUAAAACAGUGUAUUGCACUGUACAAUGGCUGUGAUUAUUGUCUGCCUAGACCUUAACAGAUAUGAAUAGAUGAACCUGAAAUUACAGAGAAAUUUUCUAUCUUCUACGAUGUCGCUCAUCAAUUGCAAGUAUUUGAUUCGUGGUUCGUCUGGAAAUGUUUAUAAUCUGUAAAAUUUCUCUGUAUCUCGAAUAGGGUUUUAAACGUAGCACUUUUUUGUAUAUUAUUGAAAAACCUAUAGUUGGUUUUUAGAUUAUUACAUAUAAUUUGUCGUUUUGUACUUAUUUUUUUUUUAUAAAACUAACGUUUUAGUCGUAGCUUCACAACCGAACUCUCCGAAUAGUUAAUACAUAAUUAUGCUUUCUUCUUUUGGCAAUUUUUGUUCAAUGUAAAUAAUUGUAUAUAAAAUGAACAUUUUGUCUAUCCACCAUUACCAACGCCUUUCAUAUUUUACUCUGUCACUUAAUUUAUUAUUGUAAUUUAUAUGUACUAAAAUUCAAUAAAAUUAUAUUAAA